CGCCUUCCCGCUUCCCGUCCCUUCUCAGUCCCAGAUCCACCUGACCAGCUCCCUUCGACGGCUCAGCCGGUGCCCGCCGUGCAAUGGCCGGCCGCCCCCGCCCGCAGGCGCACUCGUCGUCCGCCUCCACGCGGCGGCGCGAGCGGUGGCUGGUCGUCCUCGGCAUCGCGCUCCACGCCGUCUACAUGCUGAGCAUAUUCGAUAUCUACUUCAAGUCCCCCAUCGUCCACGGCAUGGCCCCCGUGCCGCCCCGCCUCUCCGCGCCCCCCGCCAAGCGCCUCGUCCUCCUUGUUGCGGACGGGCUCAGGGCGGACAAGUUCUUCGAGCCGGACGAGCGGGGAAGGUACAGGGCACCAUUCCUGCGUGGGGUGAUUGAGGAGAAGGGCCGGUGGGGCGUCAGCCACGCGCGGCCGCCCACCGAGUCCAGGCCAGGGCACGUCGCCAUCAUCGCCGGCUUCUACGAGGAUCCCAGUGCUGUAACAAAAGGAUGGAAGGCCAAUCCAGUUGAGUUUGAUUCUGUAUUCAAUCAAAGUCGACACACUAUCUCGUUUGGGAGUCCAGAUAUUGUUCCUAUAUUCUGUAGCAGCCUACCUCACAGUACCUGGGGUAGUUAUCCACAUGAAUACGAAGACUUUGCAACAGAUGCAUCAUUUUUGGAUCAUUGGUCAUUUGACCAGUUUGAAGGUCUUCUCAACAGGUCUCUUGAUGAUGUUAAAUUGAGGCAGUUGCUCCUACAGGAUAAGUUGGUUAUAUUUCUGCACUUGCUGGGUUGUGAUUCUAAUGGUCAUGCACAUCGGCCCUAUUCAAGCAUCUAUCUGAACAAUGUCAAGGUUGUUGAUGAAAUAGCUGAGAGAAUGUACAAUCUCAUGGAAAGUUACUUCAAUGACAACCAAACAGCUUAUGUUUUUACUGCAGAUCAUGGAAUGAGCGACAAAGGAAGCCAUGGAGACGGACACCCUUCAAAUACCGAUACUCCACUUGUAGCAUGGGGGGCUGGAAUCAGGAGCCCAAAAUUCUUGGCCUAUACAGACAAACCUGAUGAUGGCUUUCGGUUUGUUGAUGACCACAGACACGAUAUGCCCACGCCACAGAACUGGGCUCUUGAAGGCUUCGAAAGAGUCGAUGUCAACCAGGCUGAUAUAGCUCCUCUAAUGGCUACACUUGUUGGUCUGUCAUGCCCUUUGAAUUCUGUGGGGAACUUACCUUCUCAUUAUCUGAAGUUAAGCAAGUCUGAUGAAGUUGAAGCAGUUCUGGCCAACACAAAACAAAUUCUUAACCAGUUUCUCCAGAAGUCAGAGCAGAAGCAAUCCAGUUCACUCUAUUUCAAGCCUUUUAAACCACUGGUGAACUAUUCGUCUGUCCUCGAUCGAAUCGAAGAUCUAAUAUCUGCAAGGGACUACAAAACUGCCAUGAAGUAUUCUGAAGAGCUACGUAGUAUGGCUCUUGCUGGCCUCCAUUAUUUCCAAACAUACGACUGGUUCAUGUUAAUGACAACAAUUACCCUUGGAUACAUUGGAUGGAUGGCAAACCUCAUUCUACAUGUGCUACAGUCUUAUACAACAUUUCCUGCUAAUCUUCUAAAGAGGACUCAGGUGUAUCCCAAGAAUACCUCCAUGAAAGUAUACAUAGGUGGAUGCUUGUUCAUGGGUUUAUCAUCCAUUAUACUACUUCUAGAGAAAUCUCCACCACUUUACCAUGCUUAUGUAUUUAUGACAAUAUUCCUCUGGACAAGAAUUGUACAAAACUACGAAUUCAUGAAGUCAGCAUGGAGGGAAUUGUUUAAUAUGCCAUUCAAGUACAUUAUGAAUCUUCUGAUCAGUUCGGUUGCUGCAUUGCUCAUAUUGGAGUUUCUGGUUAUGAGCUUCUUUGAUCGGAAGCUUUAUACAUGGUGCUUUUUGGCCCUUGGGGUACUAGCUUCAGUCUGCGGAGCCUUUUCUAUUGAAGCUAGCCCUGCUGUUGCAAUAUACACAUGGCUCGCAUGCUGGUUCCUGUCUGUAUUCACAUUGAUGCCAGCUGAAAUUCCAGAGAAUAACAACUUAGUAAUUUUUAGCGGGGCACUUAUAAUAUUGAUCGCAAUGGCUUCGAGAUGGGCGACCAUCAAUACCAGCACCUUUUGGUUGUAUCUUAAUCGAGCAAACAAACAAGCCCCUAAAUCCUCCAAGCUAUUUUUUGUUCAGGUUAUUUUGAUCUCAGUGUCUUCAAUUAUGGUGUGGUUAACUACAUCUCAUCGGUCUCAGCACAAAGAACUGCACCCAUUGCACCAGUUGAUCAACUGGUGCGUAGCUGGUUUUGCGAUGGUGCUACCGCUCUUUUCACCUUGUAGCGUUCUAUCCCGUCUUACAUCUAUCUUCUUGGGUUUUGCCCCUUCGUUUCUGCUGCUUUCUAUUGGCUAUGAAGCGGUUUUCUAUAGUGCUUUUGCGCUGGUACUCAUGGGAUGGAUAUUUCUUGAAUCUGCCAACUUGUAUUGCUCUGAAGGAAGCAAUUCUGCGUGCUACAGUAGCCUUGUGGAUGGAUCAGUUUAUGGCUAUGACGAAAGAUGCUUACAACUAUCUGAUUUACGAAUCCCUCUGUUAUUUAUGAUCUUAUUCAAUGUUGCUUUCUUUGGAACUGGUAAUUUUGCAAGCAUUGCAAGCUUUGAGAUAUCAUCUGUGUACAGAUUCAUCACAAUAUUUAGUCCAUUUCUUAUGACGGCACUUCUGAUUUUCAAAUUGUUCAUUCCAUAUAUGCUUGUCAUAUGUACAUUUAGUGCCAUAACCAAGAUUGUAAGGAUUCCACGUAUCGGUUGUUAUUUUCUUGUAAUACUGCUUUCAGAUGUGAUGACAAUUCAUUUCUUUUUCCUGGUCCAAAACACAGGGAGCUGGAUGGAGAUUGGCAACAGCAUUAGCCAUUUUGGAAUUGUAAGUGCGCAAGUAGUCUUCGUGUUGCUGCUUUUUGCACUCACAAACAUAUACACAAAAGAUAUCGAAGUCUCGUCUCGGCAAUUGACCUCACGAAAAUUUAUGUGAAUUGACCUGACUUUUUUUAAUAUGGAUUUUGCAGAAUGUAUCCAUUUUUGUAGAACUAACUUCUGGCCUUUGUUUUAUAUGUGGCCCAAGUUUUGGGACUAAGCUCUUGUAGUUUAUGGAUGUUCAUUGUAUUGGGUGGAUUAACUUCUUUACCCUUGUUUCUUCGAGGCAGAAGUGCCUGCUUAAAGACAUAAUCUGGUCACGACAUCA